AUUGCCGUUGCCUUCCUGGCCUGUGCUCUCGCCGAUGUCUCGGAGCUGGGCCAGCCUGGCUAUGACUACUCUCAGCCAGCCCCACUGGCGCCUGCACCAGCGCCCGUCGAGUCCUACAUUCCGCCCGCACCACCAGCACCGCCAGCGCCCGAGUACAUCCCACCCGCACCACCAGCACCCCAGCCGGAGUACAUCCCACCAGCACCAGUGGCCGCACCCGCCGACGCCUACAUUCCGCCAGCUGCCGACGAGCAGGUGCUCGAGGAGAUCGAGCAGCCCGCCCAGGAUGGCUACCGCUACAAGACCGUGCGUCGUCGCGUCUUCCGCCGUCGCAACUAAAUGGAGCUGACUGCKGGUCCGCUGCGAGGAGAGUCUCAUUUGUUUUUUGUUGUUAUCGCUGGACUCGAGUGUGUUGGCCGCAAGCACAAAGCAAAUAUAGAUGAAACAGAGAUUUAAACUGAAAGAAAUAACUGCACUUAUCUUGUGUGUUCUUUGGUGCACAUCAAAGGAUCUGCAACAGGAUAAGCUAACUAUAGGCUAUGAAAGGAAAAUAGAAAACAAUUUAUAGAAAUUAA